AUGAGAAUGGAGUCCACUACUCGCGCUGUGAUUGGGUUUCGGCUCUGCUCCCGUCCGAAAAAAAAACCGUGUGGCACAGGGGUGUGAAAAAUAAACCAACGCUCCUCUAUUGUAUAUAAUAUUUUGGGCAACGUAGAAAAUUAAGAGCUUGUAUGAUGAAGAUGGAGGUCAGACCUCUGUUGAUGUGCUUUGCACUGUGUGUGGUGUAUGCUACCAGCAAACCCACAGAGAAGAAAGACCGGGUCCACCACGAUGCAACGCUGAGCAGCAAGGAACACAACGAUGGGACAAACUUCGACUAUGACCAUGAUGCAUUUCUUGGGGAAGACGAAGCUAAGACCUUUGAUGACCUUACACCAGAGGAAAGCCAGAACAGGCUUGGUAAAAUAGUAGAUAAGAUCGAUGCAGAUGAGGAUGGAUUUGUCACAGAGGCAGAGUUGAAAGCAUGGAUUAAAAAGGCACAGAAGAAAUAUAUCUACGACAAUGUAGAGAGGCAGUGGAAGGACUUUGACAUUGACAACGAUGGAAUGAUCUCUUGGGACGAAUAUAAGAAUGUCACAUAUGGAUCAUAUCUUGAUGACCCCGAACCUGAUGAUGGUUACAACUACAAGCAGAUGAUGGCCAGAGAUGAACGGAGAUUCAAAUUGGCAGACCAAAAUGGAGACCAAAUUGCUGACAAGGAGGAGUUUACGGCCUUCCUCCAUCCCGAAGAGUACGAACACAUGAAGGACAUAGUUGUGUUGGAAACUAUAGAGGAUAUUGAUAAGAAUGGUGAUGGUUUUAUUGACCUGGAAGAGUAUAUCGGUGAUAUGUACAACCAUGAAGAUGAAAUGGAUGAACCAGAAUGGGUGUCGACAGAGCGUGAGCAGUUUUCAGAGUUUAGAGACAAGAAUAAGGAUGGGAAGAUGGAUAAAGAGGAGACCAUGGACUGGAUCCUACCAGCUGACUAUGACCAUGCCGAAGCUGAAGCCAAACAUCUGGUGUACGAGUCUGAUACCAACAAGGAUGGCUUACUCACCAAAGAGGAGAUAAUCAAUAAAUACGACUUGUUUGUGGGAAGUCAAGCAACUGACUUUGGAGAGGCGUUAGUUCGACAUGAUGAGUUUUAAUUGAGUUUUUUAGUAUAUUAGACGAUUACUUUUACUUUGAUUUGGUCAAUAAUUUAUUUUGUAUUGCUACACCAUAAUCCAACACUAAACACUCAGAUUCAGUUUACUUGGCGAUGGAUUGUUUUCCUUUUUUGCACACAGAAAUACAUUUAUGGUUGUUUUUACUGUCAAAUGUUUUAGCAGUGUUUGAAUUCAUGGUCCAAGUGUAGCAUUAUUAUCAUGUCGACAAAAGCUAUUCAUAUUUUGCGGUUUGAUAAAUCAAGUAUUUCUUUUUGGCUCUGCACAGUCCUUAUGUCCAUUUCAUUUCACCAGGGGCGGUUCUAAAGUGAGUGGAUAUCCGGGGCUUAGCCCAGAGACCUCCACAUAUGUGUUUGAAUACAGUGGUGUAGCAAGUCAGGUCUCGGCCCAUAUGCAAAAACGUUUAAUGGGCCACAUCCAUCUGUUCGCGACCGCGUUGUGCAUUACUGGACAUAGGUUGUUUAUUAUUUAAAUGUUGAUGAGUGUCAAUCGUGCUCAAAUAGUAACAGAAAAAGAGGGAAAAACGAUGCAGCCAGCAUUUUACAUGUUUUUACACGCUACAUUGGAACCGUCCUAACAUUUCAAUGAUAAAACUUGUCAAAUAUUAAACUUUUAGCCACUUACUUCGCGCUGGCUCUUUCACAGUUAAAGCGGACCUUAACCGUGUGUAGCAAAUCCCGCCCUUCUUCAUUUGAUUGGCUACCUCAAUUUGAUUGAUAAAUUUAACUUCUUUCCGUUUCGAAAACACCUAGGCAAACAAAGUAAUGUUGUAUAUUAUGCAAUAAUGAUAAGAGUAUAAAUGAUUACAUGUAUUAAAAUGACUAAAUAUAUGACAACUAAUUAGGACAAUAAAGACCUACCUUAACCUCGCCAUACACUAUAUUAUUCAACACCUGUUGGCCAUUUUCAAGUAUUUUGUUGAAACUAAAUGCCUGUAUGAUCUUAAUAGCCUAUGCGAUGUGAAUGUAGUUUGGCAAAAGGCAAAUUCAACCUUUUGAAAUUCUAAAAACUUUCGGGGCUUCAGGCCCCUAAACCCACUCCUAGUGCCGCCUCUGCCUUUCACCUUCCACAUUGGUCCUUAAUUAGCCUAGAUCGUAAGAACAAGUGGCACCAGGAAUUUGCAUUAUAUUUGAAUAAUUCAACUUUCACAGUGUGGCUCCUGCUUUUUUAAGGUCCAGUUUAAGAUGUUACUGGUAAAGAUGUAUGAAGGUGGUUUCACCUUGAUAUUGUUUGGAGUCUGUUUGCCCACUUUCACAGACAAUUUGAUGUUUGCAACCUGCAGUACCAUGUUACAAAACUUAGCAUCUACCAUUGGCUUUUUUUUAACUUUAUUAAUUAAAUGUUUUGAGUACUCAAGGUUUUGGAGUGACUGCCUAUAGUUUUGUAAUCGAUUCUAGUGGGGAGGGCCUAUAUGUUUUUGCCGGGGUGGCCCUAACAUUAAGGAUUUCUCCAAAACAAGUCAACUAGUUUCUCUGAAACAAUCCCUGAUGUGCAGUGGUGCUUUACAGAUUGUAUAAACAAAUUGUCAAUAAAAUAUAAUUCCAAUAA